AUGGCCCGAGCGGAGGAGCCCGUGGUGUCGCUGGUCGACGUCCUGGAGGAGGACGAGGAGUUGGAGAAGGAGGCGUGUGCCGUCCUGGGUGGCAGCGACUCCGAGAAGUGCUCCUACUCGCAGGGCUCCGUAAAGAGACAAGCACUAUAUGCCUGUGGUACCUGCACCCCCAAGGGAGAAGAACCAGCAGGAAUUUGCCUAGCUUGCAGUUAUGAUCAUGGAAGUCAUAAACUAUUUGAGCUAUAUACAAAAAGGAAUUUUCAUUGUGAUUGUGGAAACAGCAAGUUUAAAAAUUUGGAAUGCAAAUUAUUUCCUGACAAAGCAAAGAUAAAUUCUGGCAAUAAGUAUAAUGACAACUUUUUUGGAUUGUAUUGCAUUUGUAAGAGACCUUAUCCUGAUUCUGAUGAUGAGAUUCCAGAUGAGAUGAUCCAGUGCGUAGUCUGUGAAGACUGGUUCCAUGUAAGGCAUCUUGGUGCCAUGCCCCCCGAGAGUGGGGAUUUCCAGGAGAUGGUGUGCCAGGCCUGUAUGAAGCACUGCUCUUUCUUGUGGGCUUACGCUGCACAAUUGGCAGUAGCCAAAGUAUCUGCUGAGGAUGAUGGGUUGGUGCUGAAUGUCGAUGGAAUUGGUGAUGAGGAAGUUACCAAACCUGAAAAUGGAGAUCAUCAUGAUAGUCCCCUCAAAGAGGAUGUUCCAGAACAUGCAAAGGAUGCUGUCAAGACAGUUAAAGCAGAGCAGACUAAUGAACCAUGUGCCAGCUCUAGUUCUGAGUCUGAUCUCCAGACAGUGUUUAAGAAUCAACAUCUCAAUACAGAAUCACAGACUGGCUGCAAACUUUAGGAGCUUAAAGCUAAGCAUUUUAUAAAGAAAGACACUGCCACCUUUUGGCCCCUGAACUGGCAUAGCAAGUUAUGUACCUGCAAAGACUGUAUGAAAAUGUAUGGCGAUCUAGAUGUCCUGUUCCUGACAGAUGAAUAUGACACAGUUCUGGCUUAUGAAAACAAGGGCAAGGUUGACCAGGCGGCUGGCAGGACAGAUCCUUUAAUGGACACCCUUAGCAGCAUGAACAGAGUCCAGCAAGUGGAACUCAUUUGUGAAUAUAAUGACUUGAAGACUGAACUUAAAGACUAUCUGAAGAGAUUUGCUGAUGAAGGCACGGUUGUAAAGAGAGAGGACAUCCAGCAGUUCUUUGAAGAGUUUCAGUCCAAAAAGAGAAGAAGGGUGGAUGGGAUGCAGUAUUAUUGCAGCUAGACUGGAGUACGGCUCCUUUUCAGCCAGGCGUCUUCUCAGCCAGGCCGUGGAAAUGCCACUUAAUGAUCCAGGAAUAAAAGAGGCAUAUUUCA